GGAGAUAAUAAGAGGUGAAUCGCGUAUCCUUUCAGCAGCCUUCUGUUAAACUUGGAAUAUCACAGUUCAAGUAAUUGAACAGAUGGAUAAUGGAGACUGGGGAUAUAUGAUGACUGAUCCAGUCACGCUAAAUGUGGGUGGACACAUGUAUACGACAUCCCUCACAACUCUAACGAGAUAUCCUGACUCAAUGCUUGGGGCCAUGUUCAGGGGAGACUUCCCCACUGCCAGGGACUCUCAGGGCAAUUACUUUAUUGACAGAGAUGGACCACUUUUCCGUUAUGUUCUUAACUUUUUAAGGACCUCAGAGCUCACUUUGCCACUGGACUUCAAAGAGUUCGACCUACUUCGGAAAGAAGCGGACUUCUAUCAGAUUGAACCGCUAAUUCAGUGUCUUAAUGACCCCAAGCCGCUGUAUCCCGUGGAUACCUUUGAGGAGGUGGUGGAGCUGUCCAGCACCCGGAAGCUUUCCAAGUACUCCAACCCCGUGGCUGUAAUCAUCACGCAGCUCACUAUCACGACGAAAGUCCAUUCAUUACUGGAAGGUAUUUCAAACCACUUCACCAAGUGGAAUAAGCAUAUGAUGGACACCAGGGACUGCCAGGUUUCCUUCACUUUUGGGCCAUGCGAUUACCACCAGGAAGUGUCGCUCAGAGUCCAUCUGAUGGAGUACAUCACAAAGCAAGGCUUCACGAUCAGGAAUACCAGAGUUCAUCAUAUGAGCGAGCGUGCCAACGAAAACACAGUGGAGCAUAACUGGACUUUCUGUAGACUGGCACGGAAAACAGAUGACUGAUUCUGACUCCACAGGAGCCACUUCAGUGAUUAGCAACUUAAUUGGACAGUAAACCCGAGAGAGAGUCUGGAUUUUGACUAAAGCAACAAUGUGGGCUUUUUUUUAUACGAGUAUUUAUUGUUUAUCAAUAAGGACUGGAGGAGUUCUGUUCUCUAGCAGCUCUGUCCUUUUGUCCUGUUCAGAAAAAAAAAAAUAAAAAAUGCAUGUGCCUGUUCAGUCAAGACACCUUUUUGUUUGAAAGAGGGAGUCCGAAGAAUUAGUACAAUAGAGUAUUUUGUGUCAUUAACACAAUUCUCUGACGCAACUUAAAGUGCUAAAAUUACCUCUGUUUAAAUGGUUUCUAAUCUGUCUAAUGCUACAACACUGGGAGCAAGAAACAAACACAAUUUAAGAUGCAGUGGGGAAAAGCUGCUAUCAUGUAGACUAAUUUAGUUUCUAAAUCAAUAAACAGUAUUGUAAUAUUCUAGGAAAACAAAUCCCACCCUUUAAAAGUACUUGAUAAGUACAGUUUCUUACAGUUAUGACAACUGUUUCUUUCUAUGCAUAUAAAUCAAGCAACCAAAUAUUAUCUGUAGCCAUGGAAAUACGAUUAGAAAUAUUUAUAUUGGAUUCUAAAUGCAAAAUGUCCC